GGUCAAGCCUUUCAGAGGCAGCCAGCCUAUGGCUUGUAUCAAACUCUAUAUUUAGGAAGAACAACUGUGAGCUAUGACAGGAAUUCUCUUUAACACUUAGCCUUAAACCAAGUUCCCCUCUAUCCCCAAGCCAGGAGCAGCUCUCAGGACCGGAGAGCCAGAGCACUCCAGCUAUUUCAGCCACAUGAAAAGCACUGGAAUUGAGAUCCCAGCUCAGACGACACCGGGAGUUCCUUCUAACCUCUAAAGAGCUUUGUGUUUUCUCACCUGGCUGCUUGGGACUGUCCUCAGGCAGUAAACAAAUCCAGAGAGCAGGGAUAAGAUCUCGUGAAUAUGUCGAAACAGCCAAUUUCCAAUGUUAGAGCCAUCCAGGCAAAUAUCAAUAUUCCAAUGGGAGCCUUUCGCCCAGGAGCUGGACAGCCUCCCAAAAGGAAAGAGAGUACUCCUCAAGCAGAGGAGGGGGCUCCUCCUGCUUCAGAGGAAGAGAAGAAGCCAAUUCCUGGAGCAAAGAAACUUCCAGGACCUGCUGUCAACCUACUGGAGAUCCAGAAUGUUAAAAGUGAACUGAAAUAUGUCCCCAAAACGGAACAUUAGUUCAAAGGAGAAAAAAGGGUUGACAUGAAGAAUUAAAGGAGGAAAAAUGGGUUGAAAUAAAAACACUUCUUUAAAAAAUUUUA